ACAAAGCACAGAAGGGGUGUGGUUGGUUAUGAGGAGUGAGCAAGCCACAGGAGGCUAUUCUCAUUCAUACUCCAUAGGAGGGUGAGGGAGGUCAGGCUGCAGUCUCUGCGCAGAGCAAGAAAAAGUUCCAUCUAUAGCAGAAAGCUGGAAUACUUUUGUCAAAAACCAAAGUUCUAUAAGUUUCCUACAGCCUUAGGAACAUUGGCUUCUCCAUGAGACAUUGUAAGAGACCUUGCCCUAUGAACUUUGGUUAUUCUGCUGUUUCGGAUUUGGGGAUUUUACAUCAUCGCAUGCCUGGGAUGUGCCACAUUUGCUGUCUGCAAGAGAUCACACUGGGAGUUUAUCGUAGAAAACAAUAUGCUUGGCAUAUUCCAAGAAGCUCAGACAUUCAUUAAAGAGAAGCCACAGAGAAUGAGGAUAGUGCGCCCUCUUGUGAAUUGCCUUUGAAUUACAGAGAGAGAAUUGCUUUUUUCAUCAGCAGCAAAUAUGGCUUCAGGAUCUCUGCCUUCCAAAAAAUUGGAACCCCGGAGGUGUGAUGAAGUGAUAAAUCGUCAUUACAACUACACAGGAAAACUCAAGGAAAGAGAGCUAGAUCAUAUGGACAUGACCGAAAUAGUGUUUCUCAUAAUCUGCAGUUUAAUAGUACUUGAGAAUCUAAUGGUUCUAAUUGCUAUCUGGAAGAACAACAGAUUCCACAACAGGAUGUACUUUUUUAUUGGCAACCUUGCACUUUGUGACAUGCUAGCAGGGAUAGCUUACAUUGUCAACAUUUGUAUGUCUGGAAGUAAAACUAUGGAUAUUUCACUGACAGCCUGGUUUGUUAGGGAGGGCAGUAUGUUCAUCGCUCUAGGAGCUUCCACAUUUAGCCUGUUAGCAAUUGCAAUUGAGAGGCACUUAACAAUGAUCAAAAUGAGGCCUUACGAUGCCAACAAGAAGUACAGAGUGUUUCUUUUAAUUGGAACUUGUUGGCUCAUCUCUUUUUCUCUUGGUGCCUUGCCAAUCCUUGGCUGGAACUGCAUUGAGGACUUACCAAACUGCUCCACAAUCUUGCCUCUGUACUCAAAACGCUAUGUUGGAUUUUGCAUUAGUAUAUUCAUAGCCAUUCUGAUUGCAAUCGUCAUCCUCUAUGCAAGAAUCUACAUACUGGUUAAAUCCAGCAGCCGGAGAGUCACAAACCACAGUAAUUCAGAAAGAUCUAUGGCACUUCUCAGGACUGUUGUUAUUGUGGUGGGGGUUUUUAUUGCCUGUUGGUCCCCUUUAUUUAUCCUUCUCUUGAUAGAUGUUGCCUGUGAAGUUAAAACAUGUUCCAUAUUAUAUAAAGCGCAGUGGUUUAUAGCUCUUGCUGUUCUCAACUCUGCCUUGAAUCCAGUCAUCUAUACUCUGGCAAGCAAGGAAAUGCGUCGGGCAUUCUUUCGCCUGGUGUGCAGCUGUUUGGUCAAGACAAACAACUCCAGAUCUUUACCAAUUCAACCAACACCAGAUCAGAGCAGGAGCAAAUGCAGUAGCAGCAGCAAUUCUCCAAAACAUAAAAGCAUCAUACAGACUAAUGGCCAUAGUAAAGAUGAAAAAAGUGAAUCCUCAUACCAUAAUGGAAAUUUCACCAAAUAACCUUUAGUUUCAUCGCUCUCUAGGUACCUGCAAUGUACAGCUCUGAAUUUAAAGACUUAAGAAAAGUACUCUUUGAGUUUUAAUGUUUUUCCCUGCACUUAUAAACUCUUGGUUAGCGAGUACCAUGAAGUAUUGUUACUAUUUGAAUGCAUGUCUGUUAAUUCAUUCUAUUUUCUAAGUGUUUUAACUCAGGAAAUACUUCAAAUGCAUGUUACAAUGAAGCAGAUGAUUUUCUGCAUAUGAAAAAAUAUGGUUUUGGUAAAUAUCAUCAAUUCAAAACAAAUCUAAAGAGAUUAGCGUUAACUGUUCUGAAUAUUUGUACAGUAACUGAACAUUACUGGCAUUCUAUUGAGGAUAAAGAAUAAAGAAUCUGUACUGAACUGGAACCUGCAAUAAUCAUUUUGCAGGGGUGCCUUAAAAAUAGCCCUGGAAGAUGUUGGUUCUUCAAAGUCUCCACCAUAAACAAGAUUGGGCUCAUGUAAGAAAAUAGUCUGUUGUUUUUUUAUAAGCCAAUGUUAAGGCAACAUUAGCCAUUACAUUUCGCCAGUUCAUACUAGAAUGCAAGUUUUUUUUUCUGGGCAAAUUUUCAUUGAGCUGCACCUGUUGUAGCAUGUAAGGCCUAAUUCAGUGCAACAUCUGCUUUAAAUUAACAAUGAACCAUACACCAAUAUCAUUUUGCUUAUUGGUCGGUGCGCCCUAGUAAUCAUUCUGUCACAUCAAAAUAAAUUAAAUGCCUGAUCAUUUUUCAACUCCUCCAACGGCAUUCUUAUAGAUCGGGCAUUUCCAUUCCCUUUUUAUAUCCUUUCUUCUAUUAUAGCUGACAUUCAACAUCUUGAUUUCAAGUGAAAAGAUCCGCGAGGAUUAUAACUCUGAUUUUACAUUGACUGUAUUAUAUUAAUAGAAUAUAUAUAAAUAUAUUAAAUACUUUUAUAAAGUCAAAUUGCACACUAUGAUGCAAGCUUUUUUUUUAAUGGUGUAUUUGUUACAAAUUGUUUUGUUUCUCCAAUGCAUGAAUUUCUACAAAAUGCAUAUGUUUAUUUUAUUUAUCUGUUUAUCCUGUUAAAAACAUACUAUUUUAUAAACAUAAAGAUCAGAUCAUAGACUUCAAA